AUGCGUCUUCCCUCGGAUAUUCGUGCGCCCCUGACCGCCGAUAAUGUCGAUGACCAUAGCGGGCUUGUCGUUGUGAUUACCUCGUUCUAUAUCGUCCUGACGUUAUCCUCGCUAGCCGCCCGGCUCUUUUCGUCGCAUAGGAAGCAGGUUGUCCAGCGGGAUGACUACGCCUUUGCUGCUCUUGUGAUCCUGGCUUUUGCUCAAGCGUCGGUGGUCCUAGCUCAGGUUCACUAUGGAUGGGGGCGCCAGAUCGACUUUAUCCCAGCUGGUUAUCUCGAUCGAAUGCUCAAAACCGGCUACGCCGCUGACAUCCUCUCCAUCGCCACCCUCGCCCUCUCCAAGAUUGUAACAUGCAUCUUCUACGAGUCUCUCUUCUACCAAAUGCAGCGGCGCUUCAUCCGAUCGAUCCUCAUCCUCACAGUAACCUGGACAAUAAUGUCAAUACUCCUCCUCGCAAUACGGUGCGACGCCCGUCCAUGGACGGAUAUCAGUUCAGAGCAAUGCAGCGGACUAUUCCGCCGCUGGCAAGCCAUCACAGCGCUCGAUGUCGUCACUGAAGUCUCGUUGUUGGUUUAUUCGGCGAUGGCCAUGUCCCAGGUGAAGGUUUCGUUGCACAAGAAACUCUUGGUCAUUUUGGCCCUGGGGUGUCGGAUUGUCCUCGUCCCCCUCUCCGCCCUCCGCCUGCACUACACGAACCUCCAACUAACCAGCGACUCCCCCACGCUCCUCGGCGCAUACGCCACAACCGCAGCGGAAAUCUACCUGUCGCUCAGCAUAAUCUGCCAAAUCACCUCGUCGCUGAAAUUCAUCAUCGCAGUCUACGAGGAUAAAGACGGGAUCUCCUAUACGGAUGGGUCGCGGCAGUCGCACUCGGGGUAUAGAUCCAAAAGCGGCUUGUCGACGGAUUUGAGUUCGCAGUCACAUAAUGCACGGGCUUAUACGACCCGACGGGCGUCGAGGCCUAUAGAUAUAGAUGGGGAGGGUUUGGAUGACUUGGAGGCGUUGGCGGGGACACGGACGGGUGGGAGUGCGUGUGGGGCUGGAGCGCUGAAGAUUUUCAGGACAAUGCAGUUCAAGGUGCAGGAUGAGGCUAUCGAGUUGGAUGAUCGGGGAAGGGAGGUCGAGGGGACGGGCGCAGGGAUACCGCCUCUGGGGUAA